AUGUUUUCGGCACUCUUCAUCUUGGUUCUCCUGGCCCUGGGACUGUCGGCAUCGGCCGGGAGCACGGACAAGGCGCCCAUGCCGCCUCCCAGCGACGAUGUCUUCUACCAGGUGCCAGAAAAUUUGAGUCUCCUAUCCCCGGGGACAAUUCUGCGACACAGGCCGGUAGAGCAUGCGCCCUCCACCGCCAUGAACUCGGACCUGAACGUCCUGGCCACGCACCAAAUCAUGUACAGGACCACGGACAGCCAUGGCAACGCGACGGCCACAGUCAUGACCGUCCUGGUCCCCUUCAAGGCCAACUACAGCCGCGUCGUGUCGUACCAAGUGGCGCAGAACACGGCGGCAGUCGACUGCGCGCCCUCGUACGCGUUCCAGCUCGGCUCGCUGCCCGCAGGCGUCCUCGGCUCGAUCCUCACCAAGUCGGAGCUUCUGCUCAUCUCGACGGCGCUCGCGAAACACUGGGUCGUCCUCGUCCCCGACUACCUCGGCCCCAAGGCGGCGUUUGGGGCCAACAAGCUCGCCGGCCAGGCCGUCCUGGACGGCAUGAGGGCGGCCGUCCGGUCCACCACCGUGACUCAAAUCGACAAGGGGGCACUCUUGACAAUGUGGGGAUAUUCCGGGGGCGCCCUGGCCAGCGGCUGGGCCGCCGAGCUUCACCCAAGAUAUGCUCCGGAGCUGAGAAUCGUCGGAGCGGCCAUGGGCGGCCUUGCCCCUAACGUCUCGGCCGUCGUCAAGGACCUCGGCCGCACCCCCCACGGCGGAAUCGUCGUCGCGGGCCUGGUCGGCCUCGCCAACGAGUUUCCCGCCAUCGACGACAUCCUGACUUCGCCGCGGAUGAACCCCGCGUACGAGAGGUACUUUGAGGAAGCGAGGACGGGCUGCCUCCUCUCCAACGCCGUCCAGCUCGGCAGGAUUGACUUCAAGAAGAUGCUCAACGACUCGGACAUAAGGACCCUUCCUGCGGUCCUCGACGUCAUGGACCAAGUGUCCCUCGGCAAGGCGGUUCCCAAGAUCCCACUCAUGAUGUACCACGCGUCACUCGAUCUCAUGACGCCGAGGAAUUUCGUGAAUGUGCUCUACGCCACGUACUGUUUGCAAGGCGGCGUCGUCGUUCUCCGCAAGGAAAUCUUGGCAUCGCAUGUGACGGCCGCGGUGACUGGCACCCCCGCCGUCCUGAACUUCCUCGAGGACGUCAUGAGCGGCGGCAAGGUCGAGACUUGCUGGGAGGGGACCAUGAUUUCUUCGCUGCUGGAGCGGGCAGUGCUGAAGAAACUGCCUGGUAUCUUGAGCAAGGCAUUCCGGGCGGCGGUGGGCAAGAGAAUCGGGGCUGUCUGA